CUUUCUUGUACUUUUUAGUUUAUGAUUUAUUAAAAUUGUAUGUGUAAUCAUUUGAUUUCUAAACAAUAAUAGAGAGGAGUCUUUUCUCUCAUUUUCUCUGAUAACUCUGAUUAUAGUGAUUAUUCUCUGAUAAUAGUGAUACGGAACAAUAACUGCAACUUUGUCUCAUAAAUGGACAAAAUUUAAUAAAAAAAGAACACAAUAAACUGAAAUUGAAAGAGUAAAGUUAAUGCUCUAAUCUUUUUAUGUCAAUAUUGACUUUAUAUAAUGUUUAGUAAUAAAAAGAAUAGUUUACCACCAAGGCCUCAUUUGCCAAAUCAUGAACAAAUGUUGGAAGAUCUUGAAAAUGCUGUUGUGGAUGAUAUAGCAUUUAAAAUCAUAAAUGAUUUACAUAUAAAAGAAUCUUAUGGUCUGACAAGUAUUAACAACUCCGAUGAUAUAUAUAAGAAAGUAAAAACCUAUUUGAAUACCAAACAGCAAUUAAGGCAGUUGGAAUGCACUUUGAAAAGAGAAGGACAGCAAAUGCAGACAGAUAAUGAAGAAAUAAAAAGGCUUGCGGAUGAUAUUAGAAAGCAGGCAUAUGCUGCUCUGAUAACAUACUAGAGAUAUAGAAAUACUAAGUAAUUAAUGUUAAAUUAUUUUAACAAUUAAUAUAUAUUAUAUACAAAUAUAAAUUACAUUAAAAUAUAUAUAUAUAUAUAUAAAAAUUUAUUUUGAUGUAAAAUUGUAUAGCCGUUGUUAAUCUUAUAUCUUAUAUUUAUAUCUAUUGUUGAUAUCAAUUGAUUUGUCUUUUUUAGAAGCUUUUUUGAUAUUUUGAUUGUUGAUAUUUAAUUAAAAUAAAUUUAUUAUAUUAAAA